UGUCGCAGCUAUACGGCAGUAAACUACAGCAGUAAUCCUAUAUAACUGUUUGUCCCCGUUAACAUGAACAUAAAUGUUGACGGGGAUACAUAAAUAACGCCGUCGUUUUGGACAGUUGAAGGAGCUCUUAAACAGACUAUGGCAUGGGCAGUCUUAACCAUCCGCCCCCAAGGCGUCUUGAAACUUUCAAUGUUCCACAUUAUUUCAAAACGAGACUGGAAUUCCACGAGAUACACUGUGAUUUCACAGGUUAAGAAACUGAAGUCCAACACCGACAAUGGGUCACCCUCGCCCGCUCUGAGCCCCGAGCAGCUGGAUCGGAUCGCCAAAAACAAGAAACUGGCACUAGAGAGGUUAGCUGCCAACUCCGCUCCAGAUGGCUUCGGGGAGACCUGGCGGAGAGUGCUUGGCACAGAGUUUUCCAAACCAUACUUCAAAACGCUGAUGUCAUUUGUCGCUGCAGAAAGGCAAAAACACACCGUCUAUCCACCUGCCCACCAAGUCUUUACUUGGACACAAAUGUGUAACAUCAAAGACGUGAAAGUGGUGAUUCUUGGUCAGGAUCCCUAUCAUGGACCAAACCAAGCACAUGGACUAUGCUUCAGUGUUCAGAGACCUGUCCCACCUCCACCAAGUUUGGAAAACAUGUACAAAGAAUUGGCUUCAGACAUUGAAGGCUUUCAGCACCCAGGUCAUGGAGAUCUGACAGGAUGGGCCAAACAAGGUGUCCUGUUGCUGAACGCAGUGCUGACCGUGCGGGCACACCAGGCCAACUCUCACAAAGACAAAGGCUGGGAGACGUUUACAGAUGCUGUGGUCAGUUGGCUGAAUGCUAACCUGGAGGGUGUGGUCUUUAUGCUUUGGGGCUCCUAUGCACAGAAGAAAGGGGCUGCCAUUAAUAGGAAAAGACACCAUGUCCUUCAGACUGUGCACCCAUCCCCACUGUCUGCACACCGUGGGUUCUUUGGCUGCAGGCAUUUCUCAAAGACCAAUGAGUUGCUGAGAAAAUCUGGAAAGACACCCAUUGAUUGGACCACACUCUAAAACACUGGUUAUGUUGCUGUUGAUGUUGAUGUUGCUGUUGUUUGUGGCGUUUCUGUUAUCUAAGCAGACAAGCCUCUGCAUAGACUCUUACUAGAUAAGCUCUUCUUUUGUAUUUUGACCAGUAAGUUUGUUGUCAUAAAUGUUUCAAAUAUACACUACUGGUUAAGAGCAUUUUUCUAAAUUUACUUUUCAGACUCAUUUAGAGCCUCGAUUUGUCUUUCCGCAAAGCAGUGAGUUUUUUUUCUCUUUUUCACUAAAUCCUGUGAAACACUGAUCUAUUGCGAAAUGUAAAUAUACUGCUGUGUUCCAGCCUUCCCAGUGCUGAAAUCUUUCACCUGUUAAAACGUUGUAAAUAUGCACUUUGUAUGGUCUUCUCUCCUCUU